CGGGUCCUAGGCGGCCGGGCUCCCUGCCGCGCUCUGGCCCGCAGCAGGGGACAGAAGCUGGUGAAGUGUGCCUGACAUCCAUCAACCGGUCCCUGGUCACCUGGUCUCAGCCCAGCUUUGCCCGUCUUGCUGUGAAUCUUGGGUAAGUCCCAACUUUUUAGCCAGCCCUGGGUUUCCCCAGACAUUUCAUGUGGAGGGUAAUGCUGACUUUCUUUCUGCAGCUGAGGCCUGGCUAGGAGGGCUACAUUUAACUGGGAUUUGACCAGUGUGGGAAUGGUGAUGGUUGGGGGAAGGGAGAGGUGGAGGUUUCCUUUAGCCCCACCCUCUGGUGACAUCACACAAGACACCUCCAGUCCUUGGAAGCCCCGCCCCUAGUGACCCUCACCUGUGGAAGUGCCACCCAGUGCCUGGCAUCUGGUGAAUUUGCCCAGUCCCACAGCGGAAGCCAUCGGCCCCCAGGCUCCAGGAAAACGCCUAGUUUGCUGCCUGGCCCACAGCCAUGGCCACGAUGGUGGCCCAGAAGCUCAGCCAUCUCCUGCCCACUUUGCGGCAGGCCCACCGGGAGCCGCGGCCAUCGGGGCAGCCAGAGCCUGUGUUCACGGUGGACCGAGCCGAGGUGCCGCCCCUCUUCUGGAAGCCGUACAUCUACGUGGGCUACAGGCCGCUGCAUCAGACGUGGCGCUUCUACUUCCGCACGCUGUUCCAGCAGCACAACGAGGCGGUGAACGUCUGGACCCACCUGCUGGCGGCGCUAGUGCUGCUGCUGCGGCUGGCCAUCUUUGCGGGGACCGUGGACUUCUGGGGAGACCCCCACGCCCUGCCCCUCUUCAUCAUUAUCCUUGCCUCCUUUACCUACCUGUCCCUCAGCGCCUUGGCUCACCUCCUGCAGGCCAAGUCCGAGUUCUGGCACUACAGCUUCUUCUUUCUGGACUACGUGGGCGUGGCCGUGUACCAGUUCGGCAGCGCCCUGGCGCACUUCUACUACGCCAUCGAGCCUGCCUGGCAUGCCCGGGUGCAGGCCAUCUUCCUGCCCAUGGCCGCCUUUCUCGCCUGGCUUUCUUGCACCGGCUCCUGCUACAACAAGUACAGCCAGAAGCCUGGCCUGCUGGGCCGCACCUGCCAGGAGGUGCCGUCGGCGGUGGCCUACGCGCUGGACAUCAGCCCCGUGGUGCACCGCAUCCUGGUGUCCCCCGACCGGACCGCAGAUGACCCCGCUCUUCUCUACCACAAGUGCCAAGUGGUCUUCUUCCUGUUGGCCGCGGCUUUCUUCUCAACCUUCAUGCCGGAGCGCUGGUUUCCGGGCAGCUGCCACCUCUUCGGCCAAGGCCACCAGCUCUUCCAUGUGUUCUUGGUGCUGUGCACGCUGGCUCAGCUGGAGGCUGUGGCCCUGGACUAUGAGGCCCGGCGGCCCAUCUAUGAGCCUCUGCACACCCGCUGGCCCCACAACUUCUCUGGCCUCUUCCUGCUCACUGUGGGCAGCAGUGUGCUGACCGCCUUCCUCCUGAGCCGGCUGGUACGGCGCAAACUUGACCGGAAGACCCAGUGAGGGGGAGGGAGGGGAUGGUGGCUGGUAGGGAGGGAGGUAGAGUGGGAGCCCCGGGGUCAGGGCUUGGCUCCAGAGGGGAACAAGGCCUGGUAAAGUUGUUUGUGUCUGGCCUGCGAUGACUUUCUGUGAACGCUUCAGCUGCCAAAGGUGGUACUGGCCUGUCGUUAGAUUUGGGGAUUGGCCAGGAGCAGCUAGGGGUCCACUCCUGGGCCUACCCCAGCCCCUUGCCCUGGGAGAGGGAAAGAGAUAAAGAUGAGGGCCAACCAGGCUUGCUUCUUUCCAUUGCCUCUCACUAGGGGUGAGGAUCAGGGGUCAGCUGGGGCCAGGACCCCGGUUGGGAGCUUCCAGAUUAUCUGAGGGGGGGUGAAGAUAGAAUUUAGGCCAGAGGCAGAUUUCAUUGGUGGAUAGGGAAGGGGCAGGCCCCGAAUAUAUGUAGGAUCUUAUCAUUCCUUGAGCUCCGGCCUGGAGCUUUGGAGUUCUAUGGAGUCUCCAAAGGUAGAAGAUUGUGGCAGGUAGAAAUGGAUCCCACCCAGGGCCCAUACCUCCUCGGUCACCAUCCCACACAGUGAGCCCCAGCCUUUCUUAGCUCUGUGACCCACACAUCCUGUUCCCAGCCUUUCUCCUGGUUUCCUUGUUCAUGAUUCAGUUAUCCAUUCAGUGUUUCCUGGGCUACCGGCUGGGUCCUGUGGAUCCAUGCAGGAUGAUGAGAGCUUUAAUAUGGGAGUGACCUGUCAGGGGAAGCACGGGGAGGAAUAAUUGGUGCUGCCCG